UCCUGUGUAUCAAAACAACUCCAUCUGGUUUUACUAAACAGAAAUACAGGGUAGGACAUGUUUUCUUGGCAGUGGAAAAGGGGAAGAUAAGAAAACAGCUUACGUAGUUAGAAACUGCAAAGCUCCACUCUCUCUUCAGCUUUUGCCCUCUUUGACUCAGAAGAGAGAAAUAAAGGGACGCUGGUAUGGAUUUCUAGGACAGAUUUGACUUCUGAAACUUUUGGCUUUGGUGAAACAGGAGCCAGAGGGGUUUGCGUGACCCUCCCACUUUUUAGCAAAUCAUUCAAGGAGACUGAGAAACUUGAUCCUCCUGUAUUCCCUGUGCAAGUGAAAGGCACGCUAGAAGGACAGUAGGAGGAAAAACUCAUCUACAUGAAUAUCGAGGAGUAUUUUGCAAGAAUUUCCUACAAAGGCCCCCAGGAAUGCCUGGACUUAGAAACGUUAACAGCAGUCUUUCAACAUCACAUCCGAUCGGUGCCGUUUGAAAACCUCAGCAUGCACUGCGGCGAAACCAUUCAGAUAGACUUAGAAUCAGUCUACGACAAAAUUGUGAAGCGGAAUCGUGGUGGCUGGUGCAUGGAGAACAACCACCUCUUAUUCUGGGUCUUUCAGACAAUGGGCUACGAUACCAGCCUUUUAGGAGGCUACGUUUACAGCCCUCCUCAAGACGCCUAUGAGAAAGACAUGAAUCACCUCCUGCUGAAAGUGGAGAUUGACGGCAAGGCCUACAUUGUGGACGGCGGCUUUGGGAUAGCCUACCAAAUGUGGCAGCCAAUGGAACUGGUGUCUGGGAAAGAUCAGCCUCAGACACCGGGCAUCUUCCGCUUCACUGAAGACAAUGGAGUGUGGUAUUUUGACAAAAUGAAGCGCAAGCAGUGCACAGUAGGUACCGACAACAUAUUCCCCUCCUCUGUUACCCCAGAAAACAUGACCUGCAAGAAAGUUUUCUCAUUUACCCUUCAGCCACGGACGAUAGAAGAGUUUCGGCCUAUGAACCUGCAUCUUCAAACUGCUCCAGAUUCCCUGUUUGUGAAGAAGUCUAUCUGUAGCCUGCAGACCACCAGCGGCUUUCAGGUUUUGAUUGGGUGGACGUUGACGGAAACCACAUAUAAUUACAAGGGCCACGUGGAUCUGGUGAAAAGCACCACCCUUACUGAUGAGGAAGUGGAGAAAACUCUGCAGGAGCGAUUCAACGUAAGAUUAGAUAAGAAGCUUGUCCCCAUUAACACCAGCUUGAUAUCCAUGUUUUGAUUUGAAGAGCUACCAGAGCUACAAACAUUCAAAGCAAAUUGGGAGGAUGAUGCUUGGAUCACAGAAUCAUAGAAUUGUAGAGUUGGAAGGGACCCUGAGGGUCAUCUAGUACAACUCCCUUCAAUGCAGGAAUCUCAACUAGACAUGAUGAUGAUGAAUGUAAUAAUGUUUUUUCUCGAUUAAUAUUUUGCCAUUCCUUGCUAUGAUGGAGUGUGAAAUCAACAGUAAUUUUUAUCACCAACUCAUGCUGAAAAUAAAGAAGAUAACAUCAAAAAAAAUGUAAAGGUUGCUGUGUUGCCCCAUGAGAAAAAAUCCUAAAUCCUAAAAUGGGGGCGGGCGGAGAGAUAGCAAACAUUUGAUGUUAGGAAU